AUGUUUACACAGCCUCUUCCGGUGGCGCGUGCAUGCGUGUUGUCUCCCGCUGAGAUCGAAAGACCAAAUGCAGAUCCCAGCGGCUCGGAAGCUUCUCUGCUUCAACUUAUCCAGGACCACCACCAAACUUCUCUCAAACUCCGCGAUGAAACCGAGAAAGCAAAGAAAGAUGCAAUUAGAACAACGAUGAGGGUUUCGGAUCUUUUGGUGGAUACUGUGAAUGGUGGAGUUCAAGAAGCGUUUAUUAACGAGAAGCGAAUUGAACUCGAAAGCCGAGCAUUAACUGCCACCGUCAUCCGCUUCGCCAAGCAGACCCAUCAAUGGCUGGCUGCUUCUCAUGCCAUCAACACUGCUAUAAAGGACAGGUCAAUGGUGAGAUUUUCAUUCGAGUUGCUGACACUGGUGUGGAAAUCAUCAUUAGCGAUGACCCCCCUAUGAUGUAGAAUGGUGGUGAGGCUAUUACAUCUAUAUUGGAGAUCACUGAUCAGGCUACUACACCUAUGUCGGAGGACAUUGACCAAGUAGCCACCCCUGUGUUGGAGGAGAUAGAUGGAGUUGUUGAUCCUAUCAUUGGCCCUUGAUUUUCAUUUUUAUACAUACCUUCUUCGAGAUGGUUGUAUACACUAUGGUAUUUUUGGGGCAUACUUAUGCUCUUAUACUUUCUUUUCGAAUCUCACCAUUUAUAGUUUUCUUUAUGCA